AUGACUGCAGUAACCGAGGCAUACCUCCAGUUCUUGGAGUAUGUUCUUCCUCUUUUUAACAAACUGAAUGCUCUCUUUCAGAGCAAGAAGAAUUUGAUCGGAAUUCUACAGGAAGAAAGCCAACGCCUCCUUCGUUGUCUCCGUCAAAACUUCAUCAAGCCAGAGGCACUUCAGAACUUGGCGAGCAUCAAGCCUAUGGACCCUCGUAUACUACUACCAUUAGAGGAGGUCUAUCUGGGAGAGAAAUGCAAAAAGGUGCUAAACGGCUUUCAAGCGACGGAGCCAUCGGAGGCGCACAACUUGAGGCUCCGUUGUUUAUCGUUUUACCAGACUGCUGUGGUUGAGGUGCAAAAACGACUUCCAAUAUUUGCGCCAUUCUUCACAGAUGUUGCUUUCGUCCGCCCUGCCACGGCACUGAGCUACGAAGCUCGGCGAAAACUGCCUGCGCUUCUUCUACUGCAGGAGCGGUACAAGCACCUGUUACCUUGCCCUGAGGCUGUGCAACAGGAGUGGAGGAUGCUUCCGGCCCACUUCCCUGAGGACAAGAAGAAAGAACUCGUGACGAAGACCUCAGCUGCGUUUUGGUGCGACAUCUCCAAGCUGCAGACUUUUGAUGGCAAGCAAGAGUUCGCCGACAUCUCAACUCUGGCAAAAUUAAUACUUUCGCUGCCACACUCAAAUGCGGACACGGAGAGAAUCUUUUUCAUGAUGAGCGAUGUCAAAACCAAAAGAAACAAGCUGGGACCGAGCAGUAUUAAUGCUGUGUUGAUCGUGAAAUCGGCCAUGGCAUCAAAAGGAACGGCAUGCAAGGACAUGAAAGUGUAG